CAAAACAAGGCUUAACGUUACAUAACGCUCAUAUAAAGCCUGAAUCUUCUCCCUCACAAGCGGCAACUGACGCGUUCCUGAUACUCAGCAGCCCUUGUCUUACUUUCUCCUCCAAUGGACCUUAACGCAUUUGCCGCCGCAGCAACUGAGGAAGACGACGACGAUCCACACCCAACUGAAUUUCCCAAAGGAGCCACCUUUUCCCCUUUUUCUCUCAUCGAAAUGUUUCCGGCAGCUGAAUGCGUCCUCUGUUUCGUUCUGCUCUUUGCGCUCGCACUGCCCCGCGCAUUUGCCGAGGGAACACGAAUGCCAAUGAAGGAAGACUCCACCGACGAGUUUGAUUCCAGCACGCGGUGGGCGGUGCUAGUCGCCGGUUCUUCCGAUUACGGAAACUAUAGGCAUCAGGCAGAUGUGUGUCACGCGUACCAGUUGUUGAGAAAAGGGGGAUUGAAGGAUGAGAACAUAGUGGUGCUUAUGUACGAUGACUUGGCGAAUAGUUCGCUUAAUCCGAGGCCUGGUGUAAUAAUUAAUAAUCCCAAGGGUGAGGAUGUGUACGCGGGUGUCCCCAAGGAUUACACUGGUGAUUAUGUCACGGCAAAGAAUCUAUAUGCAGUUAUCCUCGGUAACAAGAGUGCAAUUAAAGGAGGAAGUGGCAAAGUUGUUAAUAGCAAACCCAAUGAUAGGAUAUUUAUCUAUUACACUGAUCAUGGAGGCCCUGGAGUUCUUGGAAUGCCAAACGGGCCAUUGGUCUAUGCUAAAGAUUUUAUAGAUGUACUAAAGAAGAAACAUAAAUCCAACGGCUACAAAGAAAUGGUUAUCUAUGUGGAAUCAUGUGAGAGUGGCAGUUUAUUUGAAGGAUUGCUUCCCAAUAACCUAAGUAUAUAUGUUACAACGGCUUCCAAUUCAGUAGAGAGCAGUUGGGGAACAUAUUGCCCAGGGAUGGAUCCCCCUCCACCUCCUGAAUAUCAUACCUGCCUUGGAGAUUUGUAUAGCGUGUCUUGGAUGGAGGACAGUGAUAACCACAAUCGAAGGAACGAAACGGUUAAAGAACAGUAUAAGAGGGUGAAGGCAAGGGCCUUAAAUUUAAAAGAUCGUCACCCAGGAUCACAUGUGAUGGAAUAUGGAACUACAACCAUCAGGAAUGAAAAGUUGUAUUUGUACCAAGGCUUUGACCCCUUUAAUUAUAAUGCCAGCAAAAAAUCUCUUCAGAGCAGCUUCAUAACACCAGAGGUUGUAACCCAGAGAGAUGCUGAUCUUCUCUUCAUGUGGAAAAUGUAUGAAAGGUUAGACAACAGGUCAAAGAAAGAAGAAACUCUCAAGGAGAUCACAGAGACGCUCAAUCACCGUUUGCAUCUAGAUAACAGCGUUGAUUUCAUUGGAAAGCUCAUAUUUGGAGCAGUGAAAGGUCCCUCCAUCCUCGCUGCUGUCAGACCCUCUGAUGUCCCAUUGGUCGACGACUGGAACUGUUUGAAAGUCAUGGUUCGAGUCUUCGAGUCCCACUGUGGCUCGCUCACCCAGUAUGGCAUGAAGCACAUGAGAGCUUACGCCAACAUUUGCAACAAUGGCAUCUCAAAGGAAGCCAUGGAAGAUGCUUGUAGUACUGCUUGUGGAGGUUAUAACUCUGAAAAAUGGAGCCCUUUGAGGCGUGGCUACAGUGCUUAAGCAUGGAGAGCUAGGAAUUAAAGCUUCCUAUGCUUGUGCUCUUGCUGUUAAGAACACAGCUUUGGAGGAUUGUGUGAACUGUGAGUUUCUAGAUUAAAAGCCUGUGAACUACAGCAAAAAAAUAAAAAUAUAUAUAUUAUGCACAUAUAUA